AUGGUGAGGGUGUCUAAACAGGAUCUGCGUCUUUACAAGGCUAGGCUAACUUAUUCACUAAGAUGCUUGAGGUUUCUUUUGAACCAAGGAUUGGCAUUUCGUGGACAUGAUGAGAGUGAAGAAUCUAGCAAUAGGGGGAACUUUCUUGAUGGAAACUGCAUCUUGACUAGUCCAACGAUACAAAAACAAAUUAUUGAAUGUUGUGCUGUGCUAACUACAAAACAAAUUAUUGAAGAUCUUGGUGAUGAGCACUAUGCAAUCCUAGCUGAUGAGUCUAGUGAUGCAUCUCAUAAAGAGCAACUUGCUAUUUGCAUACGUUAUGUUGAUAAAGUUGGAAAGGGGCGUGAGUGGUUUCUUGGAGUUGUUCAUGUUGCCAACACAACUUCUUUGUCACUUAAAGCUGCAAUUGAAUCUUUGCUUACCGAUCAUCAUUUGACUCUUACUCAAAUCCGUGGGCAAGGAUAUGACGGGGCUAGCAACAUGAAAGGAGAGAUUAAAGGGUUGAAAACAUUGAUCAUGAAAGAGUCGCCCUCUGCUUAUUACAUUCAUUGCUUUGCACAUCAACUUCAAUUGGUUCUUAUUGCCGUGGCAAAGGGAAAUGAACCAUGUAAAUGGUUUUUUGAUCAUGUUUCUUACUUGCUGAAUAUUGUUGGAGUUUCUUGCAAGCGUCAUGACAUGCUUCGAGAUGUUAGAGCUCAAAAGGUUCUGGAAGCACUUGAAAUGGGUGAAAUUGAAAGUGGAAGUGGGUUAAAUCAAGAGAUGGGAUUAGCUAGACCCGGUGAUACUCGGUGGGGUUCUCAUUUUCGAACCAUUCUGCACAUUAUUACCAUGUACCCCACAAUACUAGAAGUACUUGAUACUAUUGGAAAAGAUCCUUCACAAAGUGGUGAGGACAAGAAUACGUGCAGUGGCUUUUGCCUUGGAGUCAUAUGA